CCAGUUCAACAGUGCAACUACAAAGAACAGACCAAUUAUUAGUAGAUUUUCCAUGUUUGCAUUGUGCAGUUAACCCAUUUGAAUAAGCCUUUAAAUUUAAUUAAGACCAUUUGGAACUUGGAACUUGGAAUAUUAUCUAUACAGUUGUACUUACUACAAUUGUAUGUACCAAGUUGGUCUUGAGUGAAAAUAUGUAACUACAAUAUAAAAGAAAGAACCAUUGAAUAUGUGUCAAAUAUUACACUAAGAUAUUUGUGUUAUAAAACAAACAUCUUCUGAUAUUAAAAUCUUUCUAAAUAUAUCUGUACAAGAUAUUUGGAGAAUGGGUUGGAAAUUUGAAGUCGCUAAAAUGUUUAUGUAUGUAUCAUUUCCUGUUGGAAUAUUUCAUUAUUUUAAUCAACCAAAAAAUUAUGAAGAAUGGGUAAUAAAAACAAAGAAAGAGUAUUUUCCACCUCUGAGUAAGCAGUUGAUGGAACAAGUGGACAAGUUUAUUUAUGAUUUCAAUGCUGAAGCUCAGAAGAAACGGUUGGAUGAGAUGGAAAGACAAUACAAAAGCAAACCAUGAAGAAAAUGUAUAUUGCUUUUUAGUCUAAUAAUCACAGACAUUAAAGGUCUUGAACUUGGGUCUAUGUUAGGAGUGAGAGUGAGAAGGAGCGAAAGAGAAAGGAGGGAAGGAGAAAGACAGGAG